CACACCACUGUCUCUGUGGUGGCAAGCAUGCCGGCAAAGAAGGUCAAGGGCAAGGGCAAGGGCAAGGGCAAUGGCAGGCGCAAGAAGGACAAGGGCAAGGAGCUGCCGGCCUCAGUCCCAGCCUCGGUCCUCGUCUCGUCGGACGUGUACAACCAUCGUAGGCUCAAGGCCAAGGGCAAGGGCUCGUCGGUCCCGUUCCUUCUCCGCUGGGACCGCGAUGUGCCGUACCAACACGUCUCGCGCCGCGCUCUCGACGCUGUCAUCACCGAUGUCUUCAACCGCUUUGUCAAACUAGGCUGCGCAGACAUCUCCGAGGCGCUCUCCACUUACGUCGAGGCGCUUGUUGGAUCGGGCGAGGCGCGGGUUUAUGCGCUGUACAACUUCUUCCACGCCUGCUACACCUACCACACUGCCGCAUCGCGUGCAGGCGCCCAGGCCGAGCUCGACUACCUCGCCGAUGCCGCCGACGACGACGACGACGGCGAGGGCAAGAAGCUGUCCAAGCUGGCGACGUUUAUGGCCAACCUAGCGUCAUGCGGCUACAAGGUCUCGGACCUUAACAUUCGCCUCGAGGGCGUUGGCCCCGAGUGCUAUCUGGUCUCCAAGGGUCCCACCGGCGAGCCGUACGGUGCCGUGCCGGACUUUCUUCGCACCUCGGAGGAGAAGAUCUACAACAAGGAGCUCGACUACGAGGUCGUUUCCACCCUCAUCAAGGCGCUCUUUCUGCAAAAGGCGCACUUUGAGAAGAGCGCCAAGCGCGAGAUGUCCAUGACCAGGUUCUUCGGCUCGUACCUGGCCAAGAAGUUUGUGCGCGAGCCGCGGCUCGUUGUCGAUUGGGCGUACAACGUUGUGUACUGGGCCGACCACUACCGCGGCUCGCCACAGGAGACCGAUCCCACUGCGCCGUGCGCGCUCUUUCUCGACACUCUCUACCAAGAGACCGUCCAUCUCGCGCUCGCCGGCAUCGAGGCCGAGUCGUACGCCGCGCCCGAGCCCGCGCCCGGCCCCGUGCCGGCACCAGAAUCCGGGCUCGAGUCGGAUGCCGAGCCCGAGUCGCAGCCGGCCUCCGACGCGGCCUCCGACGCCGGCGACGGACAGGCUUUGUUGGCUGGCUCGCCGUCGUCGACGCUGCGCAAGUCGAACACCGAGCGGGCGAUGGAAGUCGCCAAGGACGUCUUCUCUAUCAUCACUGUGGCUGAGAAGGAAGAGACCGAGAGGCUGGCGGCCGAGGCCGCGGCUGCGGCUGCAGCAGCACUGGCGGAGCCCGAGCAAGUUGUGCUCGAGGUGCCAGAGGAGCAGGUCGCCGAGCUCCGCGAGACUUGCCAGCUAGGCGAGGUGGAGGCUGUACAGGCAGUGCUGCGGCGGAUGCACACGGCGCUUGACGCGGCGGCACAGGCGCAGGGCACUGUCUCCGAGACCAGCCACUCGAUGGGUGAGAUCUUGCGCGGGGCGGUGAACCGGGCCGACGCUACCACCGGACUGACUGCGCUCCAUGCAGCGGCGCGGUCGGGCUCGCCCGACAUUGUCCACCAGCUGCUGGUCAUCGGCGCGCGAGUCUCUGCCGCAGCCCUCAACGGCUUCACCCCGCUUCACGUUGCGGCCUACCACGGGUUUGACGACGUGGUUCGGCUCCUCCUCGAGGCUGGAGCCGACCCGAACGCCAUCGACCUCGACGGCCUCACCGCACUGCACCUCGCCGCCGGGCGCUCGCAGCUCACCGUCGCCGUCUUUCUGGACACGAGCUCGGCGUGGUAUCCUUCGCUCGACGUCAACUGCACGACGCACGCGGGGUGGACGCCGCUGUUCAUGGCGGCGCUGGCCGGGCACGCGCCAGUGGUGGAACUCCUGCUCUCGGCCGGCGCCGACAGGGGCGUCAAGUCGCAGAUGGGGCGGACGGCGCUCGACUACGGCGCGCGGUUCGACGAGGUCAAGGAGCUCCUCGAGCAGCCGACAGGAAACGAGUAGGCAAAGAAGGUUGGUAAGGUGUGUGGGGGG